UGAAUAAAAUUUUCAUUUUUUUUUGUAAAAAAUUUUUAAAAAUUAAAUGGAACGAAAAAUGGCAGAUUUUGAUAAUGAUGAUAGUGAUGAUGAAGAGAAGAGAAAAAAAUAUCAUCCAUUUACAGCGACCGAUGUUCAGAAAAUUCGUUUGGAAAAAUUGAUGGCCAAUAUUGAUAAACCUAUUGAAAUACCAGUUGGACCUAAAUCGAAAAAAUUUGCAACACCACCGGAAUUUGUACGAAAUGUUAUGGGAUCAAGUGCAGGAGCUGGUAGCGGUGAAUUUCAUGUUUAUCGUCAUCUUCGACGUAAAGAAUAUGCACGAUUGAAUUUUAUCGAAACACAAGCAAAAAAUGAACAAUUGGAUGAAGAAUAUCGAAAAAAAUUGGAAGAAAAUCAACGAAAAUUGGAAGAAUCGACAGCCAAACGAAGAGCAAAACGUUUAAAGAAAAAAGAAAAAUUGAAAGCAAAGAAAAAAAUGCGACCAAACGAUGAUGAUUGUAAACCAAAUUCAAAUGUCGAUGAUGAUAAAAAUGAUGAUUCGGCGGAUAGUAAUGAUUGA